AUGCACACCCAAAUCCCCCUCGUAGCUCUGUCUGCCGUGCUGGCCACGGCAUCACCGACCUGGAACCUGCAUCGCAAACCCUACAUCUCCUCGCGAUCCGAUGUUACCGCCAAAGCAGAAAUAACAUCCAACCAAAUCCUCGCCAUCUCACCCAAAUCAUCAACAUGCUACAACCCUCCCGCAGUAGGCGAAUGCAGAACCGCCGAACAAGCAGCGCCGUUUAUCAACGACUCAUUUACAACAUACGGGAUUGACAAUGUCGCUGAACAAGCAGCAUUGAUAAGUUUGAUGGCGUUUGAGUCCGGCGAUUUCAAAUAUAAUCGGAAUCAUUUUCCCGGCGUGGCUGGGCAGGGCACGCGAAACAUGCAAUCCCCAACCUUCAACGACAAAUAUGCCUCCUCAAUUCUCGAGUUGAGGGAUGUCUACGCCUUAUCUUCAGGCGACGUGGCCGCCGUUUUGGACUUGUUGCUGUCCGACGAAAAAUACGAUUUUGGAUCCGCGGCGUGGUUUCUAACGACCCAGUGCAGUGGCGGUGUUAGAGAGGCGUUGCAGACGGGCUCGGAGCAAGGGUGGGAAGGGUAUAUUAGCGGGUGUGUGGGCACGACGGUGACGGAUGCUAGGAGGGCGUAUUGGAGUAGGGCUGUGGAGGCGCUUGGGGUUUAG